CUAAACUUUCCGGGUCACGUGAGCAGGCGGGGCUGGUGGGAUCCGGAGCGACCGGGCGAAGGACAGCGAUCGGUGUUCACGCUGGGCACCCGGGGCCGGGGCUGCCGACGCCCCUCUCGGACCCCCGGGCCAGGUAGGGAGGCGGGGCGCAGCCUGUCCGUCCCCUGGCCCGAGAGCGCGCCGGGAGUUAAUCUUUAAUCUCUGACCCUCGGCGCCGCGCGCGGGAGCGCACUCCGACCUGCUGCCCGUCGCUGGGGCCUGACCGCGUCCGGCCCCGGCCCACGCUGCGGCCUCUCCCCGGUCUGGUCCUCAGGUCCCGGGGCGCAGGUGCCCUGUUCCACCCAAGAUGCGGUAGGAAUCGGCGUCCCGGGGAAGGCCGGUCUUUGGCGCCACCAACUCGUCGCCCAAGCUCAUGGCGACCCCAGGCCCGGGGGGCCUGCCGGUGCUGCCCGCCGCCUGGAGCCAAGCAAGACUCGAACCCACGGUUUCCUGCGCUCUGGGCAAGCGCUCUGCCGUCAGCACUGGACUCUUUCACAAAUGGCACGACUCAGACCCCGGACUCCGGUUCCAGUGGGGGCCUGUCUCCAGAGGCCACUGUGGCCAUCAUCGUGGUCUUCUCCAUCCUGGGGGCCCUCAUCAUAGCGGUGGGGCUGUUCCUGCUGGUGCGGAAACUCCGAGAGAAGCGGCAGACAGAGGGCACCUACCGGCCCAGCAGUGAGGAGCAGGUGGGUGCCCGUGCUCCACCACCCCCCAACCUCAAGCUGCCCCCGGAGGAGCGGCUCAUCUGAACGCCAGGGUGUCGGCCGCAGACCGCCACUGCCAUCCGGGACUGCCUCGGCACACCCUGGCACACAGCGGCCAGCCCGGAGACACGCCAGGCUGUGAUGGCUCGGCAGGACUUGGGGUUGGGAGCCCCGGGGCACCGGCUGGUGGGCUGUGCAGCAUGCCGCCUCUGCUUGGCUCUGCAUGACGCUGGGGGGCCGGGGCCUCGCCUCCUCACCAUUUACCUCAUGUCAUCUUGCCUCUGCUGUGUCUGCUCCCAUGACUGCAGGCCCACCAAACCUCCUGUCCUUUCUUUCAGUUCUCCCACGCAGCAGCUGAGGCCCGGGCCCCCCAGGACUCCAAGGAGCCAGUGAGGGGCUGCCUGCCCAUCUAGCUCCUCCCUCCUUCCCUGUCAUCCAUCUCUCCUUACUUGCUGUGUGACCUUUGGGGAAGGCAGCACCCUCUCUGGGCAAUCAGACUCACCCAGUGCUUAAGAAUAGAAGGAAAGAGUUCUUCAAAGAUCUUGACUUUGAGGCCAAGGGAGGACAGGGGCUGCUCGCUUUUUAUAUAUUUAUAUGAAACUGAUAGUAAGGUACAAUAAAGGUGUUUGUUUGUUUUUUUCCUUGUGGGAA